CCGCCGCAGCCAUGGCGGCCCCGGCCGCGCCGCUCCCGCUCCUGCCCCUCGUCCCCGUCGCCGCCGCGCUGGCGCUGGCCGCGGCCGGGGGCACCGCGGGGACAGAGCCGCGCUCCGGCAGCGACAUCGUCCAUCCCGUCAGGGUCGACGAGAGCGGAGCCUUCCUGUCCUACGACUUGUCGUACCGGGCCCUUCACCGCAGGUCCCCUGCCUCCAGGAGCAAGCUUCCCGCUUUCUAUGAGCUGCAGUACAGAGGGCAAGCCCUGAAAUUCAACCUGAGCCUCAACAGGCACCUGCUGGCCCCGGGCUUUGUCAGCGAGAGGCGUUUCGGGGGCCUCGCCGGCGCCAAGAUCCAGCCGCGCUCCUACAACCCGUGCCACAUGGUGGGCGAGGUGCGGGGCCGGGCGCCGCAGGCGGGGCUGGCUGCCCUCAGCACCUGCGACGGCCUGAAAGGUGUGUUUCAGCUCAUGGACGAGGACUAUUUCAUCGAGCCCGUGUCCAGCAGCCCGCGGGAGGAGGGAGCAGCACAGCCCCACAGGAUCUACAAGCGCCAGGCGCCCCAGGACAGGGCUGAGCAGGGCAGGAGAGCCCCGGCCCCGCGGGAGUCCUGUGGUGUACAAGAGUCUCAGGAAGGCCUGGAGCGGUCUGAGAGGCGCAGGGAGAGGUGGGAGCAGAAGCAGCAGAGGAGGAGAAGGAUCAGGCAGCGCUCCAUCAGCAGGGAGAAGUGGGUGGAGACGCUGGUGGUGGCAGACACCAAGAUGGUGGAGUUCCACGGCAGUGCCAACAUCGAGAAGUACGUGCUGACCGUCAUGAACAUGGUGGCAGGGCUGUUCCACCACGCCAGCAUCGGGAACCCCAUCAACAUCGCCAUAGUGCGGCUGAUCCUGCUGGAGCACGAGGAGGAGGACCUGAAGAUCUCCCACCACGCAGACAACACCUUGAAAAGCUUCUGCAAGUGGCAGAAGAGCAUCAACGUGAAGGGAGACUCCCACCCCCUGCACCACGACGUGGCCGUGCUGCUCACCAGGAAGGACAUCUGUGCUGCCAUGAACAGGCCCUGUGAGACCCUGGGGCUGUCCCACGUGGCCGGGAUGUGCCAGCCCCACCGGAGCUGCAACAUCAACGAGGACACGGGGCUGCCCCUCGCCUUCACCGUGGCCCACGAGCUGGGACACAGUUUUGGGAUUCAGCAUGAUGGAAGCAGCAAUGACUGUGAGCCAGUUGGGAAAAGACCUUUCAUCAUGUCUCCACAGCUCCUGUAUGACACGUCCCCACUCACCUGGUCCCGCUGCAGCCGCGAGUACAUCACACGCUUCCUCGACCGGGGCUGGGGGCUGUGCCUGGAUGACCCCCCGGCCCGGGAGCUGCUGGACUUUCCCCUGGUGCCCCCGGGCGUCCUGUACGACGUGGGCCACCAGUGCCGGCUGCAGUACGGCCCCUACUCCACCUUCUGCGACGACAUGGACAGUGUCUGCAGCACGCUGUGGUGCACAGUGGGGAACACGUGUCACUCCAAGCUGGACGCAGCUGUGGAUGGCACGGCCUGCGGGGAGAGCAAGUGGUGCUUCAACGGCGAGUGCGUUCCCGUGGGAUUCCGGCCCGAGCCCAUCGACGGCGGCUGGAGCUCCUGGAGCUCCUGGGCCUCCUGCUCCCGCAGCUGUGGAGCAGGAGUGCAGAGUGCCGAGAGGCACUGCAGCCACCCCACGCCCAAGUACGGGGGCCGCUACUGCCUGGGCGAGCGCAAGCGGUUCCGGAUCUGCAACGUGCGGCGCUGCCCCCCGGACAAGCCCUCCUUCCGCCAGCUCCAGUGCAGCCAGUUCAACCCCAUGCCCUACAAAGGGAAGCUCUACAAGUGGACACCAGUGCCCAACAACAUGAACCCCUGCGAGCUGCACUGCCGGCCCGAGCAGGAGUACUUUGCGGAGAAGCUGCGCGACGCGGUGGUGGACGGCACGCCCUGCUACGACAGCGACGCCAGCCGCGACCUCUGCAUCAACGGCAUCUGCAAGAACGUGGGCUGUGACUAUGAGAUUGACUCUCACGCCGUGGAGGAUCGCUGCGGGGUGUGCCACGGGGACGGCUCCACCUGCCACACCGUCCACAAGACCUUCGAGGACAGCGAGGGGCUGGGUUAUGUGGACAUUGGGAUUAUCCCCGUGGGAGCCCGGGAGAUCCGGAUUGAGGAGGUGGCAGAAGCUGGGAAUUUCCUGGCGCUGCGGAGCGAGGACCCGGAGAAAUAUUUCCUGAAUGGUGGCUGGACCAUCCAGUGGAACGGGGACUACAGGGUGGCAGGCACCACCUUCACCUACAAGAGGACAGGGAACUGGGAGAACCUCACCUCUCCGGGGCCCACCGUGGAGCCCGUGUGGAUCCAGCUGCUGUUCCAGGAGACCAACCCCGGGGUGAGGUACCAGUACACGAUCCAGCGCCCGGCCGACAGCGAGAACGAGAUCGAGCAGCCCGAGUUCCUGUGGCGCUUUGGCUCCUGGACCACCUGCACGGCCACCUGUGGGACAGGGGUGCAGCGGCAGGUCGUGCACUGCGUGGAGAGGCUGGCGGGCCUGGUGGAGGAGCGGUUCUGCGACGCGCUCGCGCGCCCCGACGACCGGCAGCGCGCCUGCAGCGAGGAGCCCUGCCCGGCCAGGUGGUGGGUGGGCGAGUGGCAGAAGUGCUCAGCCACGUGUGGCCAGGCAGGGCUGAUGAAGAGGACAGUGCUGUGCAUCCAGAGCGUGGGGCUGGACGAGCAGAGGGCCCUGCAGCCAGCAGACUGCCAGCACCUCGCCAAGCCAGAUGCCACCAUGCCCUGCCACCCAGAGGUGCCCUGUCCCUCCCCGUGGGCUGUGGGCAACUGGUCCGAGUGCUCGGUGAGCUGUGGGAACGGGACCCAGCGGCGUGCAGUCCACUGCAGCAGCAGCAGCAGCAGCACCAGCAGCAGCAGCAGCAGCAGCAGCAGCGGGGCCCCCUGCGACCCUGCCCAGAGACCCAGCCCCGAGAGGCCCUGCUCCUUGCCACCCUGCCACCAGAAAUGGGACAGCGACUGGUCUGGCAGCGGCUCCUCCAGCAGGGAGAUAUUCAAUGAAAUCCAUUACGUCCCCAGCCACCACAUUCCUAAACUUAGCCCCUUGAUCCCGAACAUCCCGGAGUCCAAUGACGUCAACGUCAUCACCGAGGAGGACUUCUCAGCCAGGAAAGGAAAUGUCUUUGUCGAUGAUUUUUACUACGAUUACAACUUUAUCAACUUCCACGAGGAUCUGUCUUACUAUCCCUUCACAGAGAAGGAGCCCAAGGGCGAGGAGCCAGAGGCAGAGCUGGGCACUGCUGGCACGGAGGGGCCCUGGGAGCUGCCCACCGAGCUGGCAGCCCCCGAGGAGGAGCACACCCCUGCUCCUGUGGAUGGACAGCACACAGAGCCCGGGGCUUUAGCCACGAACGACCUCCUGAGCAUGGGCCCCGAGGAUGUGGGAUCAGCCACUCCCAGCUACACCACCCCUGGAGUUUUGGCUGAGGAGGAGGAUACGGUGCCUGUGCCCCACUCUGAGCCCCACAGAGCUGUGCCCAGCAGCAGCAGCCUUGGGCAGGGUGUCCCUGCUCCCUGGGGUCCCCACCCAGCUGGCGUGGGCUGGGGCACAGCUGGGGUGGAUGUGUCCCUGGGGCCAGCAGCACGGGACAGCGAGGGCCCUGUGAGCCACGGGGACUCCAGGGAAGUGGCUCUGGCCACCACCAGUGACAUUGAUGGUGCAGCCCCACAGCCCACCGAGCAGCACGGCUGGGCAGGAGGGCAAUCCCAUGGCAUGGAGAGGGCACACCUUGCCUUGCCCACCCUGCAGACCCCAGGCUGGGGGGUGGCAGGGAGGGCUGGCAGCCCUCACCCUGCCGUGAGUCCCCCUCCUGUGGGUGCUGAUGGGGCUCCCGUGGGACAGGGAGAGCACCAGCCAGAGCUCCACGCCCACACAGCCCCCAUCUCAACCCCCCCAGUGGCCACAACACCCCCUCCAGUGCCCUUGUCCCCUGCCGUGCCCGGGCCAGCCACCCAGCUCACCUCCAGCAGCCUCAGCCAGCAGGAUGCCCUGGGCACAGCCAUGCCCACAGCCCCAGCUCACGGCCCACCUCUCCUGAAAUGGGGGACAGAGGGGGUGUCCCAGCACCUGGAUCCAGCAUCACCCCACACCGAGCUGACCUCCCAUGGGACCCCGCUCAGCGUCCCUGCACCGAGGGACCCCUCACCAUGGGCACCCCCAGGGACACCAACGAGGGACCCCUCACCGUGGGCACCCCCGGGGACCCCUGCCUCCAGUGACGGGGGGCAGGAGCUGUCCCAGCCCACCCCUUUUUCCCUCCUGCUCUGGGAGAAGAGGCUGGAGGAGGAAGAGGAGGAGGAGGAGGCUCUGCUCCCCCCGUCGCCCCCCGCAGCAGCCACUGCCAAGCCCAGCUGGGAGGUCGGGAACUGGAGUGAGUGCUCGGCCACGUGCGGCCUGGGCGCGGUGUGGCGGCCGGUGCGCUGCAGCAGCGGCAGUGACGGUGGCUGUCCCGCGGCCGACAGGCCCGUCCCCGCCCGGAGGUGCUCCCUGAGACCCUGCUCGGCCUGGCGUGUGGGCAACUGGAGCAAGUGCUCCAGGAGCUGCGGCGGGGGCACCAAGGUGCGGGACGUUCACUGCGUUGACACCAGGGACCAGCGGCUGCUGCGGCCCUUCCACUGCCAGGCCGGGCUGGGCCAGCCCCCGGCGCAGCUGCCCUGCCGCAGUGCCCCGUGCCUGGACUGGUACACGUCCUCCUGGAGAGAGUGCUCAGAGCCGUGUGGCGGCGGGGAGCAGGCCCGGCUGGUGACGUGCCCCGAGCCGGGGCGCUGCGAGGAGAGCCUGAGGCCCAACAGCACCCGGCCCUGCAACAGCCAGCCCUGCACCACCUGGGUGGUGGGCUCCUGGGGACAGUGCUCGGCGCCCUGCGGAGGGGGCAUCCAGCGGCGCCAGGUGAAGUGCAUGGACACCAGGACGGGGGUGGCCGAGGAGGACAGCAGCCUGUGUGACCACGAGCCGUGGCCAGAGAGCACCCAGAAGUGCAACCCCCAGAAGUGCGACAGCCCCGAGCCAGGUGUCCCCUGCGAGCGCGACCGCCUGACCUUCGCCUUCUGCCGGACGCUGCGGCUGCUGGGCCGGUGCCCGCUGCCCACCGUGCGAGCCCAGUGCUGCCGGAGCUGCCGCCAGCCCGGCCCGCUGCCCGAGCCCGCCCGCGGCCACCAGCGCCUGGCCCGCAGGUGACAGCCUGGCCCCGGGCUGCCGGACCAGGUGACAGCGCUGUCCCCAGGCUGCCAGGACCUGGGGGUGACAGCGCUGUCCCCAAACAGUGCCAGGACCUGCAGGUGACAGCGCUGUCCCCCCCACUGCCAGGACCUGCAGGUGACAGCGCUGUCCCCAGGCUGGCUGCCGGACCCGCAGGUGACAGCGCUGUCCCCCCACUGCCAGACCCGGGUGACAGCGCUGUCCCCAGGCUGCCAGGACCUGGGGGUGACAGCGCUGUCCCCCAAUUCCAGGACCAGGUGACAGCGCUGUCCCCCCACUGCCAGACCCGCAGGUGACAGCGCUGUCCCCCAGUUCCAGGACCAGGUGACAGCGCUGUCCCCCCACUGCCGGGCCCGCAGGUGACAGCGCUGUCCCCCAGUUCCAGGACCAGGUGACAGCGCUGUCCCCCCGCUGCCAGACCCGCAGGUGACAGCGCUGUCCCCCAGUUCCAGGACCAGGUGACAGCGCUGUCCCCCCGCUGCCGGCCCCGCGCGGCUCGGUGGCCCUGCCCGGCGCUCUAACCCGCGCUACUCUGACGGUGCUCCGAGCCCGGCUGGGCUGGGCGGGUCCCGCUGCUCCCCACCCGCAUCCCGGGGGUGCUGCCGGGCACCCUGCCCUGGCACGCCAGGGGAAGCAGAGGGAGGGGGAAUGAAAGCAGCAAUGACUGGGGAAGACCCCUCAGAAAUGCUCAUGGUGCUAUCAUUUGACAUUUGCAGCCUCUCCAAGGUGUUGGCUGGCCAGCACGAACCUUGAUUUUUAUUGUUAUUUUUGUAUCUCUGAGGUGAGCAUCCAGCAUUCCACGGCUCUGCUGACCCUUUGGGGUAGGGAUAUUUUUUUUUGCCUUUAAGGACUUGAAGCUGGCAACCCACUCCUGUAAUUUUCAUUAAAAUGUUUACGCACUGAAGCUGAAUAGAUUUAAUUUAAGAAGCGGAGGCAGGGCAGAGGAAUAAAGUUCCAGCUUCAGCUGGGGCUGUGCAGGGCUCUGUCUCCCCAUUGCUGGCUUCCUCUGCCAAAGCCAUUUUUGUGUCCCUCUGGAGCAGAGGGCAUCGCUGGGGACCCUGAGGUGUGGAGUCCACCAGGGCAUUGCCUUGCAUUUAUUUGGGCAGGAGAGUGGCACAUCCCCUCCCUCGUGGGCAGCCAGGUGCUCAGGCCCUGGGUUUCUGUAUGUGUAGCAGUGUAAUGCUUGGUUAAGGUGUUUUUCUAUGGCCUUACAGGCUGAACCCUUUUUUUCCUGCUUAUCUAGAUUCUCCUCUGUUAAGGUUAGCUGAUUUUUAACUAGAAUAUCCAAUUUACUCUGAGGCACAGCCCCUGCUGCCUGCUCCCAGAGCGGUGUGGGAACAAACCCCUCCCUGUCUCGGGGAGGGAUUCCUGCCAGCUUGGUCUCUAGAGGAGGGCAGGGGCAUUUAGGUAGGAAUUCCCUUCCCUAUUACUCUUCAGGCUGUGGAGGGUGCCCAAAACCCGGGGGACCUUGAAGGGCAAUCCUCCCUGCACGGGCAGAGGCAGGCUGGGGCCCACCCCGGGCUGCAGAGCUCCAGGUGCUGCUCCCUGGGCAGUGCUCAGCCCGAAUUCCUGUGUGUCAUUUGUAUGUAGAACACAAGCCAUGACCUCACCAUUUGUGCUUUAUUCCGUUCCAAGGUGGUGUAAAGUUUUUAUUGUCCAAGAACCUGUGUCCAGUCCUGGUUUCCUUGUCCCCUGCACCAUCUGUCCCACACCCUGUCACCCUCCCAGGAUUGCAAAGGGACAACCCUUCUGUUGGGGUCUCACGGCCACAGCUCCCAAAGUGUGUUAAAUUAAACAGUUACUGAAGGAAA